GAGGGCGGGGGGUGGGGGGAUUUCCAGCCGCGGCUCUUCGCAGUUUCCUCUCCUUGUUUUGCUUUCGAUCUGGACUGUUCUCAGGCAAGCCGGGGAGUAACUUUUAGUUUUGCUCCUGCGAUUAUUCAACUGACGGGCUUUCAUUUCCAUUUCACACACCCUAGCAACACUUAUACCUUGCGGAAUUGUAUUGGUAGCGUGAAAAAAGCACACUGAGAGGGCACCAUGCCGGUGGAAAGGAUGCGUAUGCGCCCGUGGCUGGAGGAGCAGAUAAACUCCAACACGAUCCCAGGGCUCAAGUGGCUUAACAAGGAAAAGAAGAUUUUUCAGAUCCCCUGGAUGCAUGCGGCUAGACAUGGGUGGGACGUGGAGAAGGAUGCACCCCUCUUUAGAAACUGGGCAAUCCACACAGGAAAGCAUCAACCAGGAGUAGAUAAACCUGAUCCCAAAACAUGGAAGGCGAAUUUCAGAUGUGCCAUGAACUCCCUGCCUGAUAUUGAAGAAGUUAAGGACAAAAGCAUAAAGAAAGGAAACAAUGCCUUCAGAGUCUACCGAAUGCUGCCCCUCUCAGAACGGCCUUCUAAGAAAGGAAAGAAACCAAAGACAGAAAAAGAAGACAGAGUUAAGCACAUCAAGCAAGAACCAGUUGAGUCACCUCUGGGGCUUAGUAAUGGAGUAAGUGAUCUUUCUCCUGAGUAUGCGGUCCUGGCUUCAGCUAUAAAAAAUGAAGUGGAUAGUACGGUGAACAUCAUAGUCGUAGGACAGUCCCAUCUGGACAGCAACAUCGAGGAUCAAGAGAUUGUCACCAAUCCGCCGGACAUUUGCCAAGUUGUAGAGGUGACCACUGAGAGCGACGAGCAGCCAGUCAGCAUGAGCGAGCUCUACCCUCUGCAGAUCUCCCCCGUGUCUUCCUACGCAGAAAGUGAAACAACUGACAGCGUGCCCAGCGACGAAGAGAGUGCCGAGGGACGGCCACACUGGCGGAAGAGGAAUAUUGAAGGCAAACAGUACCUCAGCAACAUGGGGAUUCGAGGCCCCUACCAGCUGCCGGGGAUGGCGAGCUUCGUCACUUCCAGCAAACCGGACCUCCAGGUCACCAUCAAAGAUGAGAGCCGUCCGGUGCCUUACAACAGCUCGUGGCCCCCUUUUCAAGACCUCCCUCUUUCUUCCUCCAUGACCCAAGCAUCCAGCAGCAGUCGGCCAGACCGGGAGACCCGGGCCAGCGUCAUCAAGAAAACAUCGGAUAUCACCCAGGCCCGCGUCAAGAGCUGUUAAGCCUCUGACUCUCCCCGGUGCUUGUUGGGGUUUCUUGGCUUUGUUUGUUGUUUGUAUUUUAUUUUUUUCUCUCUGACCCCUAUUUUAGACAAAUCUAAGGGAAAAAGCCUUGACAAUAGAACAUGGAUUGCUGUGUCCGACUGCAGUACUGGAGCUGCUUUUUAACUCAGGACUUCAGCCCCUCGGUAGACGUGUGUUUCCAGAGCCUGCUGGAUCUCCCAGGGCUACCGCUCAAGUUCAAGGACCAACAAGGGCAGUGGAGGUGCUGCACUGCCUGCGGUCAAGGCCAGCAAGGCGGAGUGGAUGCCUCAGAAUGGACGAGAUAAUGUGAACUAGCUGGAAUUUUUUAUUCUUGUGAAUAUGUACAUAGGGCAGCACUAGCGACAUUGCAGUCUGCUUCUGCACCUUAUCUUAAAGCACUUACAGAUAGGCCUUCUUGUGAUCUUGCUCUAUUUCACAGCACAUUCUCUGCCCAUUACCCAGCCUCUCCUCCCAUCCCAUCCC